AUGAGAACAUUGGAAGAUGCAAUUGUUAGUGAAAUACAAUUACUAGUUGAUAAUAUUGCAAAGUUGAAUGAGAUUGUAGCCGAUGCAAAUGAGAGAAAUGUCGUUCAGUUGAUUGAUCAGUUACGACGGACAGAGACAAAGAUGUCACUGGUGUACACGUUUUUCAAGACAGCAAUGUAUUCUAAUAGUCAAUGGAAUACCGACCAGCAGCAGCAGCAACAAAAGGAUUCAAUUGAACCUAAAGAUGAUGUUCAAACCAAUAGACCAGCAUUUACAUAA